AUGCAGCGCGUCUCGCAAAGCCCGUGCACCUGCGCGCGUGCCGCCCUCGCCGCUCGCAGUGCGGCUCCUCGUCCUCUCCUCCUCGCCCGCGCCAUCCACGCUCCAGCCGCCGUCGACCCGUCCAGGCGGGUGCCCAAGCCUCGAGGCCAGUACACCGACCCUGCCGCCAUUCUCGCCGCCUCCAAGCGCGGCCUCGAGUCGUACGCCGACAAGAUGGGCAGCUGGGACGAGGCCUUUACCAAGACGGGCGCCGAGCUGAGGGACGCCGGCAUGACCGUCAAGCAGUCGCGCUACACCCUCUGGCUCCUCGAAAAGUACCGGCAAGGACACGACCCGCUUUCCGUCGCUGUGCCGCCAACGCCAAAGAAGACGAUCAGAGGGUGGGGGCCCCGUGUGCAGGGUGGCAUCCGCGUGCGGUAGAUGGAGCCGAGCUGGAAUCGUGCAUGGACCUUCUCCCUCUC